AUGGACAUUCCCGAUAUUCCAGACAACCGACUGGUCAGAGGAGGCUCGGCGCUUUCGUUCUCGCCGACCAUUGUACUGGAUGAGACCAUCGACACCAAGUCCGAGUACAAUCAACAGCUCGACACGCCCCCUAAUGAACCCCGAGAGCAAUUUAUCAGUUCCACUCCGCCAAACGAUUACGAUACAGACGAACUCCGGUCACAUAGCUCGGGUAUCUCGCGCCGUGGCAAUUAUUACGUGAACGAGUUACCUCUUCUCCAAGCGACGAAUCCUUAUGAUGGUUCCGAACAAUUCAACCCGGUCAACGAAGAGCACGAAGAUGGGUCUUUUGACCUCGUUGCGCCCUACGAGAGCGAUGAGACCCCACUCCACUCGCUUGAGCGCCAAGCUGAUACUAUGUUCUCCUCCGAACAUAUGUUGACGAUCUUAACCAACCCGCGCUAUCUGGCCCGCUUUCGAGAUUUCCUUGUCGCCGAGCGGCCCAAAUCAAUUCCUGUCUUGACCUAUUACCUCAAUGCUAAAAAGGCAUUGAAGGCGCUCCAGUAUGCUAAUUCUCUUGUUCGUUUGUCGGUUGAUGUACCAACUGCCGGUAUCAAAAAUUCCAAGCAACCGGUUGGCGACACUGUAAAUGCGGCGCUUGAGGCUCGUGUCCAGGAUGCCCUAGAAGCUUUGACAGCGGAGGAAUUGCCUGCAUUCAUCACAUACACAUGCAUUACCAUCACCAGCAAGGUCGUCGAAGAGCGGGUGCGAGGAACGCUUCCGGAGAAGUUCCACGGCACAUCCGAUGCACUCGCCGAGGUAUUCUGCUUGACGGACCCGUCUCGCCCCGAUAACCCCAUUAUCUUUUCCUCUGGAGAAUUCCAUCGAACCACACAAUACGGCGUAGACUAUGUGCUCGGCCGAAACUGUCGAUUCCUACAAGGUCCCAAGACCAACCCAAACAGUGUCCGACGUAUUCGUGAAGGAAUUCAGGAUGGUCGCCACCACUCCGAGCUUUUUCUCAACUACCGUCGCGACGGCUCUCCUUUCAUGAAUCUUCUCCAGUGUGCUCCUCUUUGCGAUAGUCACGGCAAGAUUCGCUACUUCAUCGGAGCGCAGAUCGACGUCUCGGGUCUGGCAAUGGAUGGCGCACAAAUGGAGUCGCUUCGAGAACUUCAGAAUCUCAAAGAAAACCCCGAGGACCAAUCAGAAUGGAAGAAAGACAAAACCGAGUUCCAAGAAUUGGGUGAACUCUUCAGCCCGCGCGAGCUGCAAAACAUUCACGCACACGGUGGAAAUCUUUUCCAGCCUGUUCUCGACGAUAUCAACCCUCAACACAGCCGUCUUUAUAUACCAGGUAGCCCGGACCACGAACACGAGCCACCGAUUAAUCUCAAGUCUCCUUCGCCGAGCGCAUCUUUGACAGGUGUCUACAAACACUAUCUCCUUGUCCGUCCAUACCCAUCUCUCCGAGUCCUCUUCACAUCUCCAUCUCUUCAGAUCCCUGGAAUGCUGCAAUCAUCAUUCAUUUCCCGCAUUGGGGACACUGGAGAAAAGCGUGACAGUAUCCUCCAAGCCAUGAAGGCGGGCCGUAGUGUCACAGCUCGCAUCAAGUGGGUGACCCGCUUCAGAAGUGACGAGGGACGUUACCGGUGGAUUCACUGCACACCACUCCUCGCCAACAAUGGUGAAGUCGGUGUCUGGAUGGUCGUGAUUAUAGAUGAUGAGGAUGAGACGGGCAGCCAUAGAAGCUGGAAAGGCAAUUGGCCUAGCUACUAG